AUGCCUCUGAGGUCCGGACUUUUUCUGCUUGUAGUGCUGAUUGCAUCUGCAUAUGAAUUGGAUCAGAAUGAAUCCUAUUCGCCCAGGAGAACGCGUUUCUCCGCCAACAGCCCUUCAGACGUAGCUCGCUGUCUGAACAGUGCCCUUCAGGUGGGCUGUGGCGCCUUCGCCUGUCUGGAGAACUCCACGUGUGACACAGAUGGCAUGCAUGACAUCUGCAAGUCCUUCCUCUACAGCGCGGCCAAAUUUGACACUCAGGGCAAGGCCUUUGUGAAGGAGAGCCUAAAGUGUAUCGCAAAUGGAAUUACGUCGAAGGUCUUCCUGACAGUGCGGCGGUGCUCAACGUUUCAGCGCAUGAUCUCGGAGGUGCAGGAGGAGUGCUACAGUAAGCUGGACAUCUGCACCGUGGCGCGCUCCAACCCAGACGCCAUCGCUGAGGUGGCCCAGCUCCCCAGCCACUUCCCCAACAGGUUCUAUGGAAAGCUUCUGCAAAGCCUGAUGGAGUGUGAUGAGGAGACAGUGGACCUGUUGCGGGCCAGCCUGGUGACCCGCCUGGGGCCGGAGAUCGCCAUGCUCUUCCAGCUGCUCCAGAGCAAACCGUGCCCGUCCGUCUCCUCAGACCCAGCCGUGCCCACGGGCAUGGAGGCGCGGGGGGGCUGGAGGUGGGCCGUGGGGCCCCCGAUUUACAAGAGCCAGCCCAGCCUGCGCAACAGGGACUCUGCUAGCCUGUUUGGGAAGAAACACAGCAACGGUGACAGUUCUUAAUCUCUCUCUCUCUCUCUCUCUCUCUCUCUCUCUCUGCUA